AUGAACAUGCCACCGGAAGCUGUUGACGAUGAUGAUGUCAGCAAAAGCAUGGAUUUUAAGGACACUGAGCUCACCUUAGGACUGCCUGGUCGUCCACGACGUUGUUCUUCGUCAGCAGCUGAUCAUUUCUUCGGAGGAAUCAAGAGUGGUAGCUGCAGCAUGAAACGUGGGUUCAUGGAGACCGUUGAUCAGAAUAUUGGCCUGGAAAGCUUUACCAGCUGCGAGCCACGUAGCCAAAUCAAAGUGGAUCGGAAGUUGGAAGCUCAUGUCAACAACUACUCCUCCUCCAGCUCAAGUAGCAGGACAACUACUGCCGUGAAAUCCCCAGCUACAACGGCAAGAGUAGUUGGGUGGCCACCAGUGAGAUCGUUGAGACAGAAGGCGUUGGUGGAGAGCAAGAUGAAGAGCAAGAGCACGUAUGUAAAAGUGGGUGCAGAUGGAGCUCCUUACUUGCGGAAACUAGACUUAGACAUGUACAAAAGUUAUCAGGAGCUAUUGAGAGCCUUAGACGAAAUGUUCCCUUCCUCCAUUACAAGCGGCAAGUAUGUGGAGGAUACUACUAGCAACCAGGAGCAGCUUAUGAAACCUGCAGUGAAAGGAAUGGAUGAAUAUAUGGUGGUGACAUAUGAAGACAAGGAUGGGGACUGGAUGUUAGUUGGAGACGUCCCUUGGAAAAUGUUUAUAGAAUCAUGCAAGCGUAUUCGGUUGAUGAAAAGUACAGAGGCUGUUGGGAUAGCUCCAAGGACGUCUCAGGUUCUGCCACAGUGA